AUGUCUCAUCCAAUCCUGUCAGAAUUCGACAUCGUUUUUGCCGGAGGUGGCACUACAGCCUGUGUUGUCGCAGGUCGCUUAGCUGCAUAUGACCCCUCACUCAGGAUCUUGAUUUUGGAAGCGGGUCAACACACCCUCAAUAAACCUAUUCAUGUCCAACCCUACCAAUAUCCCUUCAACCAAGCACCGACGAGCACCACAGUUACAUUUCACGUAGGAAAUCCAUCUCCUCGUCUCAACGGUCGUGCACCGAUCGUUCCUUCUGGUCGUUGCGUUGGUGGAGCCUCAUGUGUGAAUUUCAUGGUAUACACCCGUGCACCUGCUUCGGACUAUGAUGAUUGGGGAGUCGAUGGUUGGGAAUCUGAAAAUCUGAUUCCCCUCAUGAAGAAGCUGGAGACGUAUGAGGUCCAGCCCGAUCAUCCAACUCACGGAUAUGACGGACCUAUCAAAGUGUCAUCUGGUGGGUGUAAGUUGGGUAUCUCCGACGAAUUCAUCGAGGUUGGCACGACCUAUCACAAGAGGCAGUAUGCCGACGACACGAAUGAUUUAGAGACGUGCAAUACAUACAGUGUAAGCUACGAUGCUUCUUUCCUAACUUCGACAACUAACCAGAUCUAUCUCAGCCAUGGCAGAAGUAAAUACAUCGACGGGACGACCGGAAGGCGUUCUGACGCAGCUCACCACUAUGUCUACAACCAAGCUCACAACCCGAAUUUACAAGUCUGGGAUGGAAAGCGCGUGAAGCGUAUCAUCUUCGAGGACAAGCGUGCUGUAGGCGUCGAGUUCGCCAACGACCCAGUGUCUUGCCCGGAUGCGGAUCAGUCGUCGAGUAUUGUAAGAGCAUCAAAACUGGUUGUUGUCUCUGCUGGGGCGUUUGGUUCCCCAACCAUUUUAGAGAGAUCUGGGAUCGGUGCCGAGGCGAUCCUCAAGCGAUGCGGUGUCGAGCAGCUGGUGAAUUUGCCUGGUGUCGGAGAAAAUUAUCAAGGACGGUCAGAUCACAAUCUCGUAUUUGUUCCAUACUUGGCUACUGACGAGGCUGUUACCAUGGACGCCCUCUGGCGUGGGGACAGUAUCCUGCAGGAAAGCCUUGCAGAAUGGAACAGCAGCGGCAAGUCAUUGAUUGCACAAAACGGCCUCGAUUCAAAAAUCAAGUGGCGUCCUGAUGACGAGGAGUUGAAAGCCAUGGAUCCAGCUUUUCAACCGCGCUGGAAGGAGUUUUUCCAGGACCGGCCAGACAAGGCUGUUGCAAUAUUUUGUGUUUUUGCAGGACAUGUUCAACCGCUCUCGAAGCCGCUCGUUCUUCCUCCUGGCAGGUACAUGUGUACGGGGUAUUAUACACUUUACCCAGUGUCUGCUGGAAGCGUUCACAUCAACGUGACAGAUGACGGAAAAGAAGAAAUGGACUUUACUACAGGCUUCCUAGAUGAUCCAUCUGAUAUUGUUCCCCUCAACUUCGGGUACAAAAAGACACGCGAACUUCUUCGACGCAUGGCUUCAUACCGAGGUGAAGUCGCUGCUGGCCAUCCUGAUUUCCCAGAGGGAAGCGCUGCAGUCUGCAGAGAAGCCUCCGGGCCAGUGGACUUGAAUGCGCCUGACAUUGUUUAUACUACCGAAGAUGACGAGGCGAUUGAUCGAUUCCACCGCGAUAUUAUGCAAACGACGUGGCAUUCUCUUGGGACUUGUGCCAUGAAACCGGAGGCAGAUCAGGGAGUCGUCGACGCUCGGCUAAAUGUAUACGGAGUGUCGAACCUCAAGGUUGCAGAUAUGUCCAUUUCACCGUUGAACGUUGGCACGAACACGUACUCGACGGCACUUCUCAUCGGAGAACGGGCUGCGAUGAUCAUUGCCGAAGAUUUGGGUAUCAAUUGCAUUUGAUAUGUAUCGUCAGGGGCAUGUUUGAUAAUGACUUCUUGGACUUGGUUAAAGCUAGGUUCAGGGACUUCCGGUGGGUCUUGGUCGUCUGAGAGCAUCUGACAUAGUGUGAGGCGGGUAAACGACUCGUGUCACGGGCUUGACAGGCCUCGGCCCUCGUUCUUGCGUAAAAAUGUCGACGCAUGAUGAAGGUGUCAAAGCGACUCCCCCUGCUACCGACUGAGUGAGCCAAUCUGAGGACAACACAGGGUUGACGACCGGUGUUCCCUCAUAAUAUACAGAACGCCCUUACGAGUGCAUCCUUCGUUUCUCAGCAAAAAGCAGCCAUGCCUGGCAAGAUUGAAAGGAAUCAGUGCAAAGCUUAGUCAGAC